AGCUGCACUCCAACCUCGGGCCAGAAUUUUCCAGACCCCCCAUCCCAACCCCGGCAGGUUCACCCGCAGCAGGGCCAGUGAGCCAUUGAAACCUCCAUUCACAUUGGAAGAUCCCACUGGUGUGAGGGACUGGAAAAUUCCGGCCUAGAUUUCUGAUUUUGGGCAUUUUCCCCCAGUAAUUACUGAUGUAAAACGUGAUACAGCUUCUUUGUGACUUUUCAAAAGUUACUAGGUUUCUGAAAUGAAUAAAGACGCACAACUCCGAGCGACUAUAAACCAGAAGUUGAUAGAAACGGGAGAACGAGAACGUCUGAAGGAGUUGCUCCGAGCAAAGCUCACUGAAUGUGGAUGGAAAGAUCAGUUGAAAGCGCACUGUAAAGAUGUGAUCAGGGAAAAAGGGUUGGAACAUGUUACAGUUGAUGAUUUGGUUGCAGAAAUUACUCCAAAAGGGAGAGCCCUAGUACCAGACAGUGUGAAGAAGGAACUUCUGCAGAGGAUAAGGACCUUCCUUUCUCAGCAUGCCAGUCUCUGAGUUUGGGAUGACCAAAUUUCGUUGCCAUUUCUUUGCUGUUUCAGAACAUGGAGUACGUGGAUCAUCAGAGUGGCUCCAGCGCCCAGAUGAAGCUGAACAUAGUUUUAUUUUUGUGACAGUUUUUUUUAAUACAUUUAUUGUCUUAUUUUUUAUUUCCUGAACGUGAUUCGCAAACAGCUUUUCUACCCACUACUUCUGUCUUUUCCUUGAUAUGUUAUAAUUUCAAUAAAAUUAUUUUGAAAUGA